UGGGGAGCCAUAUUUGCGGUUGUUCAAUAGUCACAUCAACAUAUGCGGUUACAGCCGCGCAUUGCACGACCACAUUUAAGGUUCUUAAGGUUCGGUAUGGAAGUUCAACACAUGCUUCUGGAGGUCUUAUAUCGAACGUAAUGUGCACUCGUGAGCAUCCAUUGCACAAUCCAAUAACCAACGAUUACGACAUUGCGGUGGUGAAAAUCAUGGGCAACUUCUUUGAUUCCCCCGUUGUUAGACCGAUUCCACUCUGUGCAUUUGAUAGCGUACCUGGGACAGUUGCCUUUAUUAUAGGUUGGGGUGUACUAACCGAAGGGGGAAGUGUUCCGACAAAUUUGCAAGUUGCUCAGGUGCCGGUGAUUACUAAUGAAGAAUGUCAGGCUGAAUAUGGGCAAAAUGCUAUUACAAUCCGAAUGCUUUGCGCUGGAUAUAGACAAGGAGGUGUCGAUUCCUGCCAAGGAGAUUCUGGAGGCCCUCUAGCUGUUAAUGGUCAGCUGUGUGGUGUUGUUUCCUGGGGAGAUGGCUGUGCAAAGCCUGAUAGAGCUGGUGUUUACGGAAACAUGACCAAUCAGGAGAUGAAAGACUUUGUGACUAAAACUGUCACUGGUAUUGUUCCUUGCUCAGGCGUUUAGUUAACACAGAAACAGUACCUUUAAGUAUUUAGAAUUUAGAAGCACAACGCACCUUUAGAUAUUAUUUAAUAUUGUUUUAUUUGUUGUUUGUUCGAUUUAAUUAUUGAUUUAUUUGUGGCCAUAAUAAUAAAAACUUAAAUAUCAA